AUGUGGCCGGAGGCGGGUUGCGUGAAGACGUACCUGGCCUCAAACUUGCAGAAGACUGUUUUUGCAGAGCACGCCGUUGACGACCUCGAUGGCAAGAAGGGCAAGAAGAAGGAAAAACAAGCUGGACGGCAGCGUGGAUUCAUCGUGCGGGUGGAUCAGGACGAGCGCGUGAAUGUUCUGCCUUCCGUGCAGGCUGCUGUGGACAAGCUCCAGAGCAGCGGAGCAGUUUCGCGUGUGGAUUUGGACGAGACCGAGGGCAAGAAGAGGAACAAGAAAGGGCGCGACACCGACGAGGCUAAAGAGACAACGGAGGAACCGGAGCCUGGUCUUCCCCUUGGAGUGAACGAGUGCCGAGUCGAAACGGUUGCAAGAUGCCAGCACCAGGCACAUGGAGUUGGCUUCACCAUCCUUGUCUCCGAGGGCAACGCAAAGCAGAGGAUACACUGCUUUACAGCAAGCAGGGAGGUCAAGCUUCCAGAAUGGCACGACAAGCUGAUGAAGGCGCUGGCGGCUGAUGGCACCCGUGUCCUGAUGGGUCGAAUGGCGCCUGCGCUGGCACCCCCUCCACCAGACAGCGAGGACGUGAAGGCACGGAAAGAAGCGGCCAAAGAGGAGGAUGAUUGGCUGGAUUCAUUGAUGGGACGCUGCAUGGUCUCUGACAAGGAAGCCCGCCCUCCAAAAGCAGCUGCUGCGGGCUCUGCAGCAGGUGCCGCGGCCGCGGCUGGCUACAGUACUGAAGAGGCUCCCGCCGCAAAAGCUGUGCAAGUUCCUCCCUGGUUGCGCCGGCGGUGA